GGGCUGAGCUCAUCGCUGGCUCCCCGGCGCUCCUUACCAGUGGCUUCUGCGGUCACAUGGGUUAUGUGGUGGAGUUUAAAAGAGCUUAUAGCCCCCGAGCCGGUGCAGAAGCAGCCGGUGGUUGCAUGGGGUAGAGCCGGGAGCGGCGGCGAGGAGGGAGCCAAACUCACGGAUCUGAGCGGCGAGGGUUGGCCGGUUGCGAGCAGCCAGAAGAAUUCCACAGACUUUGAUGAGAAAUUGGGGACAUCCCCAGGAGUCUGGACCGGUGGAGAGAUGGCUAACCCCGUCCCGUCAGCCUGCUGCGUGGUGCUCGCCGCAGUGGUGGUGGUGUACGCUCAGAGGCACAGCCAGCAGGACAGCCACAUCCAGUAUGAGCGGGUAGGCGCGGACGUGACCAUGAAGUGUGGCUCCAUGGACUGGGAUGCGGCCGUGACCUGGACGGCCAACGGCACCGACAUCGACGACUCCCACCUGAACGGCUCGUACCUGAUCCUGAAGAACGUGGACCUGACGCAGAGCGGCCAGUACUCCUGCUACGAGGGCUCCUCCUGGCACCUCAAGUACCAGACCUACCUGAGGGUGGGAACUCCACCGAAAGAGCCAGUGCUGAUGUGCCGGUCCAACAACUACCCGAAGGGUUUCUACUGCAGCUGGCACCUGCCCAGCCCCACCUACAUCCCCAACUCUUUCAACAUCUCCGUCAUACAUGGCACGAGAGAGAUGGUCUGCGAGAAGGACAUCUUUCCCAAAAACAGGUGUCACAUCAGAUACCUCCAGCUCUUCUCGACGGUGAAGUACAAGGUGACUCUGACAGUCACGAAUGCUCUGGGCAAAAACUCCACCUCUCUCACCUUUGACGAGUUCGCCAUAGUAAAGCCGGACCCUCCAGAGAGCGUGGUGGCCAAGCCCGUGCCCAAUAACCCCCGGCGGCUGGAGGUGGCAUGGCAAAACCCCUCGUCCUGGCCCGACCCCGAGUCCUUUCCGCUCAAGUUCUUCCUGCGGUAUCGGCCCCUCAUCCUGGACCAGUGGCAGCACGUCGAGCUGUCGGAUGGGACAUCUCACACCAUCACGGACGCCUAUGCAGGCAAGGAGUACAUCAUCCAGGUGGCCGCCAAAGACAACGACAUCGGCACGUGGAGCGACUGGAGCGUGGCUGUCCAUGCCACCCCCUGGACGGAGGAGCCCAAGCACCUCACCACGGAGGCCCAGAUCACUGAGACAACGAGCACCAGCACCUCCUCUUUCGUGCCACCCCCCACCACUAAAAUCUGCGACAAGGGGGCCGUGGUGGGCAGCGGGGCCGUGGCAGUGUGUUGGACAGCUGGACUGGUCUUGGCUGCUUAUGGUGUCCUCUUUAUUUAAUCCCCGUCUGUCACAGCCCAGCGGAGACAACCUCCCACCGCCACCGCCACCGCCACCACUGCCCUCCCUCCGCCUCCCUCCCGGUUUGAGUCUCUUAUCUCUUCGAUUUUGCACACGUUGAGGACGUAUCACGCUUCUCGCCAUCGCUGCGGAGGAGGACAGAGCCGCCGCCGCUGCCCCUGGGGACCUGCCCUGAAAACCUCGCCGAGCCCAGAGCGAGGACACGCACUCGUCCCCCUGCCACCUGCCCUGUCCCUGCUCCCAGCAAGGCGCAGCGAGCCCGGGCACUGUGCCACAGCCCCGGGACCCCGCGGGCCAGCCCCGCCAUCGCUCAUACAGCUAACCCGCCACGCCAAAGACGUGCCACCGCCACGCCACCGCGCCGCCGGGACGCGGGUGACAACGUGACAGCAUGCUCGGAAGAGGGGACGGGACAUUUCUGGGGGACGCUCCCAGCCUACGGCCAUGGGGGAAGCCCCAAGGACCGGACUCGUCACCGCGAGCUCUUGACCGCAUGGAAAAGCCAGAGGAGUGCAGGGUGGGGACUCGGUCCCCUCCCAGGGGAUAGUGGAAGGAUGAACUGGUGGCUUUCACAAGUGCGGUGAGGAGUAGGGAGCUGGCUCGUUCUUAAUGGGAAAAAAAAAAUGGGUUUGAAAUGGGGAUAAAAAUGAUAAAAGCCCAAGCUCCCUCUGGAAGAGCAACCCAGCGCCUGCCCCUCCAGACAGCCCCUAGCAGCACCCAGAGGAGCCUUCAUCACCCCCGUCCCCACACCCCCAUGCUCUUUUAACCACGUUGGAUACAGGGAAUCGCCUCCAUUGAUGUCUUUGUCUUAAUUCUUCAACAAAAUAAGAAUAGCUCUGCUGUCCCCUCUAGAGCUGGUGCCCUGCAGACCUGUCCCCCGCUGUCCCUGGCUGUCCCCGGUCCUGCUCUGCUCUCCUCCCCGUCCCACCCCUGGCCCUGUUUUGUAAAGACAGCUCCUCUUGUCCCUGCCCGCACCCAAGCGCAGUAUUUAAUACCGUACGUCCUAGUAUUCCAACUGUUGACAUGCUGUAUUUGAAUUUUUUAUAUAUUUAAAAAUAAAAAAAAAAAAAAAAAGAAAAAGAAACAAAAAAAAAGAGAAGAAGGAAAAAAAAAAGCCCACACAGACACACGCACACACACAUGCACCAGGAGAGACGGUCUUCAUUAAAUGAUCAUUUCAUGA